AUGGAUCCAGCUCAGCACCUCGUCUCUCAGUUCAUCUCCAUCAGAGCCCAGUUCACCUGCCACCUCACUGGGUGCAUGGGACAGAUCUCCAACAGACUCAGCUCCAGGAAGAAGAUGGCAGCUCUGCUCUGCGGAGUUCUUCCUGUUCUCCUGGUAACUCCAGUGUUCAUCCUCUCAGAGCGAAGCCACUGUCAGAGCAACACCACUGAGCCUGACAGGUGUCUGCUGAUGGAGACUGGUGCCCUGUUUAUGACAUCACAGCACCCACAGCCAAUCAGAGCCUGCCGUCUGGUCCAAGCCUACUGCAGCUCCGCCCUCCUCUGCACAUUCCUGCUCACGCUCGCCGGGAUCAUGGGGUUGAUGGUUCGAUCCCGCGCGCUGCUCUGGCGUGUGUUGUCCUGUGGAGGUUUUGUGGGCUGCCAGCAGAGGGCACUGCUCCAGGAAAUGGACCUCAGGAUGGUGCUGUACCCACUCGUCUUCUUCUGCUGCUGGGGCCCAGCGACUCUCGUGGCUCUGCUCCGGAUGCUCUUUCCCUUGGGGCCUCAGGGACUGACUGGAGCUGCACUCUACAUCACACAGGUUCUGGCCUGUGGCUCUCAGGGCUUGUGGUUCUCGUUGGUAUUUGGUGGUUCCAGGUCCAGAGUUCUCAGAGACGCUCAGACACAGAUGCCCCUCAUGAGGAAUCAGAAACAUAGAGGGUACCUCAGCCUGGGCCCAGCUGGGUACUCCUGA